AUGGCACAAAUUCCGAAAGAAGAGGCCCAACUUUCUAAUGCAGCUACGACAAACGGACACAUCGGCGAACAACCAUCUGUAAAAGGAGGUGCCUUUACUCAAGCUCAAGAAGCUGAAACUCCGUUUGGAUUUGGACGUGGCGAAGGCUUCGAUAAGGGUGCAGAUGAGCCAGAAUGGAUCGUCAGCCGUGAACGUAGUCAAGCUGAUGCCACAUUUGAGAGCCUUGGCCCAGUUGAUGGGUUCCUCAGCGGUCGGGCAGCUAAGGAGCACAUGGUCAAGUCCAAACUUCCUAAUGCAGUACUUGGCAAAAUAUGGAAAUUGGCAGAUGUGGACAGAGACGGCCAGUUGGAUGUGGACGAGUUUGCUCUCGCCAAUUAUCUCAUCAACCUGAAACUGGAAGGUCAUGAACUACCGACCGAGUUGCCUAAACACCUUGUCCCGCCAUCCAAACGCGACAUGGAACCCGUCUAUCCAAAACUAGACGACGAAUAA